AUGAAAGUGCCGGUGAUCUCGCUGGACGUCGACACGGACGAUGAGGAAUCGACGUCUUCUUCGGCGCCGCGAUGCCGACGGAACGGAUCCGUGCGCAAAGUGCGCGAAGUGCAGCUGGACGUGUCGAUCGGCGAGGUUCCGUCCUCGCCGACCACCCUCGGCACCGUAAUCUCGCGAUUCGGGCGGUCCCAGUCGCUCAGGCGACCUCCGGCGAAGGAAAAAGAGCCGGAGGACGGCUCGCGCGCCACCUCGCCGACGCCCUCCUUCAUCGACAUCUCGCCGAUGAUUCGGACGGCGUCGUUGCGCGUCAAAAAUCAGUUAGCGAGUCGGCUCAGCGAGCCACUCAAAAAAGCCGAGAACCGCAUCUCGAAACUUCUGCUGACGACGGAGCCCGACGCGCCGGACGAUGAGCAAUUCCAGCACUACAGUCUGGUGCACGGGUUGAGAGGGUGUAACAAUAAUAAUCAGGGGGAAGGUUCGUGCGUGGUUUCGUUUUGAACAGGAUUUUUGGGAAAUCAUAGAUUACUGGUUGACUUGGUUUUAAGUGUCCAUCUGGAAAGUUUCAGCCCGAUUGGUUAGACUCUAGACAAGGUUUUCCAAUCGGUCUGUAACUUUUCAAAUGGAUUCUUUUACCCAAGACUUACUGGUGCCUGAGAAAAAAUUUCAAAACGAGCUCGAAUUUUAGAUAGAAACCCCUGUAAAAUAUCAAAUUUUCAGCCGAAGACGCAGAUUCGUCGAGCGACGAAGACGAUCCAGAACUGCUGGAACUGCAGGAGCGCGAUUCGAUCAUCAAUCGAUACGAGAAGGGACCGGAUGCGGCGGACGUGGAUCCGUGGGAGAACCCGGACUUUGAGGUCUACACGAACCUCGAUCGAUUCGGAUUCGUUCAGUAAGCACCUCCACCGCUCCCGCACACCCACUCAUGUUCUCGCUUUUUCAGCAAAAAAGGCGACAAAACGGACGAGCCGACGGAACAGCAGAAGCGGCGAAUUCUGAAAGAGCUGGGACGUGAGAAGAAGUGGCUGAAAAUGAUUGAAAUCUGGAAAUCGGGUGGUCCGUCGAAAAAGAUGGAGGACCGCAUCUGGAAGGGAAUCCCCGAGAAGCUGCGGAUGGUCGUCUGGCCCCGGCUCCUGGGCGCCGAGCGGAUGAAGCACGAGCGGAGGGACAUGUACGCGGAGCUGCUGCUCAGAGCACGGCUUGUCUCGAAGGACAUCAAACAGAUCGACCUGGACAUUAACCGAACCUACAGGGACCAUUUGGCGUUCCGGAAAAGAUACGACGUCAAGUGAGUAGGAAGAGUUUCUUGUCGAGGAGUUAUUCGGCACGAAGAAAGGUGUCAAUGGAUGGAAAAAGGGGCGUGGCCUCGCUGGCUUGCACUAGAUUUCGCGGAAUUUGCUCAGAAAUCACUCGGCAAUCUUAGAUUCGAGUUUAUUUGCAUAAUUUCCCCCCAUUUUUCAGACAAAAAUCGCUGCUGAACGUGCUGGCGGCGUACUCGAUGUACAACACGGAAGUGGGCUACUGUCAGGGCAUGUCCCAAAUCGCCGCCCUCUUUCUGAUGUACCUCGACGAGGAGGACGCGUUCUGGAGCCUCCACCAGCUGAUGGUCUCGCCGAAACACACGAUGCACGGCUUCUUCGUGCCCGGAUUCCCCAAAUUGCAACGCUACGAGGAGCACUUCAAAAAAGUGCUCAAAAAGUACAAACCGCGAGUGUACAAGUACCUGGAGAAGCAGGACAUUCCGUACAUUUACCUGACCAAAUGGUGGUUCGGAUGCUUCCUGGACCGUGUUCCGUUCUCGCUCGCCCUCCGGCUCUGGGACGUCUUUCUCGUCGAGGGGGACUGUGUUCUCAUCGCGAUGGCCUACAAUAUCAUGAAAAUGCACGAAAGUACGCGUUUCCAGAGACAUUUCCCACAUUUCCAAUGUUAUUUUUUGUAGAAACGAUCCGGAAGCAAUCGAUGGAGACGUUUAUGGAAUUCAUCCAAAACGACAUCGCUCUGGAUUUCCGAUAUUCGGACGAUGAAGUGAUGCACUCGUUGAGGGAGACUCUAAGCAAAUUGAAGGUUAGGGAAUGGACGGGACAUUGCAUUGCGAGCCUGAGCUCAGAACAAGCACUUAAACUGUACGUCCAAUCUUCAGAGUGACCGCCAACACGUGCCGCCGCCGCCCCGGCCGGAAGACCUGUCGGAAGUGCCGACGAAAGCGUUGGGCCCGAUUCUGAACAAGCCGAUGGCGUCGAUCCGCGAGGAGAUCCACGAGAUCCAGUCGCGGCGGAGUCGCGCCAACUGUGAGUUUGAUCGACGCGAAUACGAGCGGACUUACGAGUACUACUUGCGAUAUUACCAACACAAACUCGGCGUGUUUGACAGUGAUUCCGAAUGAUUCUCCUUAUUUGUGUGUGUGCGUGUGCUUUUUUUGUGAAUGUGAAUGUGCUUGUUUGUUUGCUUUUGUGUGUUAUUAUAAACAUGUAUUCUUUUCUGCUUGUUACUAACCCACUAACUUGUAAUCGGACUCUGGGCUUUUUCAGGAAGUGCGCUCUAUUAUCCAGUCGUCUUGGAACUUUGACUGAAAAUGUUAGGAACCAAUUGAGCGCACUUUCUCCCCCAUCCUUUUCUUAUUACCUUUUGUCAAUUCCAGCCACCGGCCGUUCUCCGCACCCGAAACGCAAAGAAUCCGGACGGGGACCGUCGAAAGGACCGCCGCCAGUGCAGCACAAGUGGAACGGAAACGCAUCGCAGGACUCGAUCAUUGGAAACGGGCGAGAAGUGCCUUUUGAGGUUCGUGAAACGGGGUGGGACCACUGGGUGUCCUAUGGUGCCCGGACAGCCCAGUCCAAGCUUCUACGGCCUAUUGCAUACUUUCAAUUCAGAUUCCGACGCGUCGAAUAACGGGUUCUCCGGCGUCGGACGGCUCGUACGCGCACCCGAACGGCUCCUCGUUCUCCUCGUCGGCACUCCCUCCGACGGCCUCGAGUAAGCGAGAGUUUGUCCCGUCCUCCUCCGCCUCGGCCACUCCCACCACCCGGUAUGUGUGCUCAAUACUCAAUCAAUCCACAAUCAAUGUCGACCCUCUUCUUCCUUCUUCUUUUUCUUUGUCUAACCAGCUUUGUCUGCCAAAAAAGCACUGUGUUUCUCUGCAUUUGCAAUGUGCACAAUUCAUUUUUUGUUCCGUUUUCUAACAAAGUUCUAGGCCAAAACCGCGUUUUCCCCCCACGAAAUGUCAACUUUUGCAGCUACCACCACCACCACAAUCCGAAUCAAUCUCGUGGCGGUCAAAGCACCCCGAUUGCUCAGCGGCUUCGCGACGAACGCAACGGACAAAUGGUCCUGCUGAGCCGCGCGAGCGACUCCGAAGGCGACGUUUGCUCACCGACCAAUCAGAGAGGUCCGCAAAGUUAAAAUUUAUUUUUUGCGCUUUUUUUUGAGCUCAAAGCAGCCAAAUUUCGUUUAGAAACGGAAAAGUUGAUUGGAGUUGUAGUUUUUGUGUCCGAAAUGUUCGAAUUUUGGCCAUUUUUGCUCUUCUAAACCUCAAAUUGCUUGCUCUUUGAUAAUCUUCAACGUUAAACGCAUCAUUUUCAGACGGUGACUGGAGCCAAACGCACAUCUCGACGGCCACCUCGAGAAUCACGCAUUCUGGCAACAACAUCACCAGAAUCGAACUGGACGGCGACGUCUCCGUCAUCUGA